GGAAGUGCGCGCCAUCUGAGCAAAUUCGUUGCCGGCAUCGCUCUGGCAACCGUUUCCUCGAUCUCGUUGGCGGUCAUUCGUUGGCAAUUCGUUGGUGGACUGUGGUGGACUUUCCUCGUUGUCGAGCGAUUUUCGCUGAAUUGCGAGGUGGAGCGCACAAUUUGAUUGCGAGAUGACAGUGCCACCGGAUUCUUAUCAGAUCUCUCUGAACAUCAUAGAGGCGAUCAAGCAACACCCGGUGCUAUACUGCACUGAAGUGAAAGGUCUGCCAGUGAAGUUGCAGGAGUUUAAGCAAAAAGUUUGGAAACGCAUCGCAGAUGAGCUUGGACUGGACCCUACAUGGGUCAGACUUAAAUGGAAGAAUCUUAGGGACACCUACUGUCGUAUAUUGAAAUGCAAGAACAAAUCGGAAGAGGGUGUAAGAAGAAAAAAAUGGAUCUUCGAGGAUCACCUAAGUUUCAUAAAAUACCCGUACGAAGAGGACUACGAGCCACAGUGUGUAGAACUGACCAAGGAAUAUAUACAAGAGAUAAACUCGGGUGAAGUGAGCUCUGAGGGUCUCUUAGAACAGUUGGAGGACCGGAAUAGCGAGGACUAUAGCGAAUAUCUGGAAGUUCUUGAGGAGACGUCUGCCGAUCCGGUUUUACUGGUACCCGAAACGAUAGAAACAUUAGACAGUGAUAUGCAGAUUGUCAAUCAAGAUGUGGCAUCAGGCAGUGAACAAAAUUGUACGCAAAAGGAUCUUGACAAUUACGUGCAGCAAAUACAGUCAAAGUAUCGAAAAAUACGUCCAAAACGAUUGAAGACCGAUCAUCCGUCCGUCUUGAAAACAUCUAAUUCCAAUAAGAUAAAGAAAUCUUCCUUUAAGAAAAGCAAUACAAGCACAUAUGAUACUAGCACAGGUGAUUCUAUUCUCGUGAUGAAUCCAUCACCAAACACAUCGCCUAUAAAAGGAUCGAGUAACAACGAUUUCGAGCCAAUUUAUCUGGCACCCGAGAGCAAAAGUAUAGAUUUAUUUUUUGACAGCAUGGCGCAAACGGUGAAGAAAUUGCCACCUAAGGUACAAGCGGAUCUCAAGAUGCACAUCUGCAAGCUUGUCACAGAGGCAGAGGUACGAUACUCUGGCCAAAACAUGCCGCAAAGCACGCAACAAUUCAUAGCGCCACGUGGCAUGAUACCUAAGCUAGUAUUAAUACCUUGCAAUAUGAUAGAUAAACAAGAAGCUAAGGAUUGAUUCGUUAUCAUGUUAAACAAUAGAUCA